AUGUCUCGCUACACCGCUGUUCACGCCAACACCAAAGGCCCAGGCGAUGCUCGCCCAACAGCCCUCCAAAUCAUCAAAGACGAAGGUCUCGAGGAAAAACGCCAGGGCCAAAUCUUCGUCAUCACCGGCACAUCCUCUGGAAUUGGUAUCGAAACUGUCCGCGCCAUCGCCGCGACUGGAGCAACUCUCUACCUCACAGCCCGCGACCUCGACAAGGCCAAGGCUGCCUUGGAUGGCAUCUUCGACCCCUCCCGUAUGGAACUAUUCCAGAUGGAUCAGGGAUCGCUUGCAUCUGUCCGCGCUGCCGCUGCUGCUAUUUUGAACAAGACCUCCAAGAUCCACUGCCUCAUCAACAAUGCUGGUAUCAUGGCUAUUCCUGACCUUCGCUUCACAGCCGAUGGUCAUGAGCUCCAGUUCGGCACCAAUCACCUAUCUCACUUCCUCUUCUUCCAACUCCUCAAGCCUGCACUCCUUGCUGCUGCCUCGCCUGACCUCCCCUCACGCGUUGUGGUUCUUUCGUCUUCCGGCCAUAACAUCCACGGCAUCAACGACUCUGAUAACUACGCCUUUGAGCACGGCGACUACGAUGCCAACGUCGCUUACGCCCAAUCCAAAACAGCAAACAUCUACAUGGCCAAUGAGAUCGAGCGCCGCUAUGGUGCAAAGCACCUACACGCCACUAGUGUUCACCCAGGUAUCAUUUCCACCGGAUUGACUAGGCACAUGCCCCCCGACGCUUUCAAAGGCAUGGAACAUAUCUAUCCUACAAUGAAGAGUGUCGAGCAAGGAGCUGCCACGACGGUGUGGGCGGCUGUUGGUGAGGCUUGGAAGCAUGAUGGUGGCAGGUACCUUGCCGACUGCGAUGUGGCAAAGCCGAGUGUCGGUGGAGAGGACAAGAUGAUCACACCUACGUAUGCUCCGUACGCAUACGAUGUCGAGAAGGCAGCAAGGCUGUGGAAGGACUCUUUGAAGCUAGUGGGAUUGGAGGAUGAUGAGUAG